CAAUGUACAAUUCAACAAUAACCGAAUACGAGGACAAUAAAAAUCGAAAGUCAGUGCAACUGGAAACGAAAAAUGGCAGGAAUUUGAUUCUCAAUCAACCACCGAAGCACAUGCCGGCAGAGCAGCCAUUAAUUUGGUGUAAUAUAAUUGUCAUCGCCGCUCUCCACAUCGCCGCGAUCUACUUGUUUGCUACGCGAUAUCGUGAAGCAAAAUUUUGGACCUGGAUGUGGUGUAUCUUACAUUUAUAUACAACUGGUUUUGGCAUAACUGCUGGUCUUCAUCGUCUUUGGGCACAUAGGAGCUAUAAAGCCAAAUUGCCACUCAGAAUACUACUUAUUUAUUUAUACUGUAUGGCUGGCCAGACUCAACCGUCUAAAUGGCUUCGUGUUCAUCGAACACAUCACGUGUACACAGAUACGUGUGCGGAUCCGCAUAACGCUAAUCGCGGCUUUUUUUUCUCGCACAUCGGUUGGUUAAUGAUGAAGCAUCAUCCGGCAGUUAAAGAGUACGGCAAAAAUGUGGAUAUGAGCGAUAUCGCUGCUGAUCCUGUAAUACGCUUUGUUGACAAGUAUUACAUUCUAAUUAUGGUGCCUUUGUGCUUUGUCCUGCCGGCUGUAGUACCGGUUUACGUAUGGAAUGAAACCUGGGACAUAAGCAUAAGCAGCGUGGUUAUCCGCUACGUGUGGUCGCUGCAUUCAACUUUCUCUGUCAACAGCUUCGCUCACUUGUGGGGCAAUCGACCUUACAACAAAACUCUUAAGUCAACGGAGAAUCCUGUGGUGUCGUUCUUUGCUUUGGGCGAGGGUUGGCACAAUUACCAUCAUUGCUUCCCGUGGGAUUAUAAGGCCGCGGAGCUUGGCUUCUACCGUCUCAAUUUGACUACCGCUUUUAUAGAUUUUAUGGCUUGGUUGGGAUGGGCGUAUGAUUUGAAGACACCAAACGCCAAGCUCGUCGAUAGAUUUCGUGCGAAUAAAGGUGACGGUACGACAGGUCUCUCGAGAGAAUAGAUAUUCCCGAGAUAUCAGGUGUUGUUCAAUAACAAAAAAAGGAGAAAAGAAAAUAAAGAGAACGAGAGAGUGCAUAUACCAAACAUUGUUGUUUUAGUUACGUUUCUUUAUAAAGCUAACAAAAUGUAGUUUUUCAAUUUAUUACAAUAAUGAUCUAGCUAAUUGUUUUCUUUUUAAAACUUAAUAUAAUAAAUAUAAUUUUAAUAAUUGUUCACUUUUUAUUAGAGCGAAUAUAAUUAUAUUUCGAUAUAUUCUAAAACCUCUGCAUUUCACGGGUUCAGUACGACAGCGUUACGUGUGGUAAAUGCACGUGUGUAAAUAAAUGCAUUUUAUCAUGUCGUAUUUGAUAGAAUAUUCUGCAUUUAUUCACACACAAGUUAUUUCGAAUAUAUUGCUGUAUGUCAACGUAACGGAUUCCAUAGAAUGCGGAUUUUAUUUCGAGAUGUGUGUUAUCUAAGUGUGAUAUUUUAUGUAUAAUCUUUUGACAGAAAUUCAAAAAACACUGUUAUUAUUUAAUAAGAUAUAUUAACAAUUUGUGGUAGAUAUAUACGUACAUA